AUGACACCCAGUCGAUUCUCAAUGCUGUUUCGCUUCCACCAUCACGCCGCUUCAUUCAAGAGUUCCCCCGAUGCGCCGGUAUAUCACCGUGGCUUACCCUGGAUCGACUAUCCUAUCAAAAACACCGAGGAUGGCCCUCGCUGGCACAGGAACUCAGACGCCACGCCCAUUGAGUUGUUUUUCGAUCUUUUCUUCGUGGCCAACCUUUCUACCUUCACAGCGACGCAUCAAGUCAACAAUCUCAAUGUUCUUCGGUCAUACAUUGGGUUCCUCAGUGUUAUUUGGUUUACAUGGUUGCAAAUAACCCUCUUCGAUGUCCGUUUUGCCCGUGACUCUGUCUUCGAAAGACUCUGCAAGGCAUUCCAACUUGCCGCAAUGAUUGGCUUUGCAUCAGCUGGGUCAAAGUUCAGCACUACUCUAAGAGAGGAAAAUCUUUGGGUCUUUCGGUCGCUCACUUUGAUCUUGUCCGCCAGCCGUGGGUUGUUGGCCGUUCAGUACACUACUGCUGUCAUCCUCCUCCGAAAGCGCAUCGGUUCGGCAACCCAAAGCAUCACGUACACUGCCUUAACUUUCUGGGUGACAUCGCUCGUCUACGCAUUGUUGUAUCUUGGCUUCUCGCAUGCGAGUGGUGCGCGAUCGCGAAUUUGGUCUAUUUGGCUCGUACUCUUUGGCUUGGAACUGUUCAUUGUCGCAGGAUUGUCCCUCUGGCAUCCUCAGAUUGGCUUCGAAGGAACUCAUCUGAACACCCGAAUGGCAUUGUUGACGUUGAUUAUCAUAGGUGAAGGGGUCAUUGCGGUGACUCGGAUCGAGAACAAAACAGUGCGGCCUGGUGGAUGGACAAAGUGGUCUUUCGUCCACAUUUUGGGUGUCACCACUAACGUGUAUCUUAUCUGGCAAGUGUAUUUCGACACAUCUCCUCGUCGUCGACUGAACGCAUGGAGGCAGCAGUUCUGGGUGCAGCUACACUUUCCUUUUCAUGUCGCGCUUAUCCUUUUGCUUGAGGGAUCCCAGAUUCUGGCGCUCACUCUCGAUGUGACUUUGAAAUUGAAGUACCUCUCAGACACACUUCUUUUUGUCUGUGAAGAGCCGCGGCCCAGCACUAUGAAAGCGGUUUUUUUGAUUCGGGACACCAUCGAUGACAUGGAAAUUCCUUUUAGUCGGGGCGCCACACGAGAAUGGACUGCGAUAUCGAGUCUCUUGGGGUCUCUGACAACGCGGCCCCUUUGCCCGAGUCUUGAGACAUUCGAUUACGAGCAUACAACCGAUCUGUUCAAUUACUUGACCGGAAACGUCACUGCCGCACUCUUUUCAAGCAUGGAGCUGCUGCCAAGCAAGGGGAUCGACAUUAGUCUUCUCACCAAUCAACAACUGUUGCAGAUGUACGUGAAACUGCUGGACCUCGUUUACAUCUACUACUUUGUGGCAGCCAGUGCGGCCAUGGGACUUCUUGCUAUUUUUCAAAUUCUGGUACACCGGCAUGAGACUCGGUUGUACCAAGCUAUCUCUACCUGGUCACGCUUCCUUUUCGCCUCGUUGCUGGCUAGUCUGAUCUUGCUUGCUACCUACUUUCCCUUGGCGUACUCCUUUAUGACUUCUCCAGUGAUCUUGUACGCCUUCACAAUUGUCCUGCUGUGUGGUGAGUUGUUCUCGUCAAUGGAAUUUCAACGUCUCAGGGUCUGA